AUCGUAUUUAAUACUGUAGAAAUUCAUAAGGAGAUCGGCUCCGACUCUACGCCGCUUGCAUCGCCAGGUCUUCCCUUCAAUUGUCCCGGGACCAAAUCAACGCUCAUCGAGACUCCUUACGAUCUCGACCGAGCUAGAAGCUUCUCGACCUCAUUCUUCCAAAGAUCAGCCAUGAUGUAGCUAUCGUGACCCGUGGUCUCGUUGCUAGCAGGAAUAGUAACUGCACGGCCAUAUCCAAGCGUCAUGUCGUUCGUGACACCAUCCUCCAAGAAUCCAAGUUCGAUCGGGUUCAGCAAAUCAUCGGCAGUAUUAACAGCAGUCAGAGGAACGCGAAUGUUCUUGAGACCGGCUUUGGGGUUAUAGGUCUGAGAUGCGUUCCAAGCAUAGAGUUAAUCAUUGGCAACGAAAUCUUCAAGGCGAGGAAUGAUCUGAUCAUCAACGUACUUGUCCAUGGCUUCACGGGUUGGGAAUGCUCGCUGCCAGUAUGAAGGAGAUGAAAGAAGCACAAGCUGAAUCAUCAGUGCACCGCCAAGGCCAGCAGUUGGCUGCUUGUCGUAGUCACCGCCUUUCCAGGCUGGAUCGAUGGUGAUAAGCUCAGUGAUAAACUUUCGGAAUAGGCGAUUAUGGUCAGCUAUCUCAACUGGAGAUGAAGAAAUAGGCAUCAGAGCAUCCGAAAAGCCAGGAUAUUCGCCGCCCAUCAUCCAAGUAUGCAUGCCGCCCAUAGACACGCCAAGUGUCAAACGGGUCCGGUUGAGUUUGAAGUGCUCAGUCAAAAGAAGAUGGUCGGCGCGGAUCAUAUCGGGAUACUGAUACUUCGGAAACGAGGCGCGAAGAUCAGUGUUGCUGGGUUUGCUUGAGUUGCCGUGACCGACGGCAUCGCGCAUGAUGAUGAAGUACUCAUUGGCAUCGAGAGGCUGGCCUGGGUUAAAGAGAGCACCAGCGAACUCUUCCACGAGGAAUUGAGCACUGGAACCAGUAGUGCCAUGGAGGAGAACGACUGCGUUGUUGGAUCCUUCCGGAUUGACUUUGAGCUCGCCGAGGGUCUGAUAGCUGAUGUUAAAGGAGUUGAUGAUCUCCCCGGAGUCGAAGGUAAAGUUCUUAAUAUUAAAGAUGCCGCUCGUUGGCUUUGGCCACGAUGGUUUGGCAUGUAUGACAGGCGAGAAGAGUGCCAGACUGAGAAUUACUUUGGUCCAGGGCGUCAUGAUUGCUGGUGAGACAAGAUUUAGGGAUGUGAUUUCAGGCUGUCAAAUUUGGAUAUUUGAGUGUUUCUCUAUCAAGAUGGAGAUGGGACCGCCCUUUGAAGUAGGACACUUUCAUUCAGCUUUUAUAGUAAAGAUUGUGUCUCUCAUAUCUAGUAGGAAGAGAUUCACAGUCAUUCCGUGUACGAUCAUGAUCCAGGCUCAAGCGAAAGCGAGCCUUGGCAACAUGAUAUCCGAUUGAGCGCAAAGACGUUAACAUGAAGUCGACAUAGUCACCUGAGAUAUGAAGAAGAGAUCUCCAAAAAUAGGUCCAUCUUAAUGGGUACAAGUGAGAAAAUCCUUGAAUCGCACACAUGAAGAGAGCCGCAAAAGGUCCACUGACCCGAAUGCGAAACUGCAAUGUGCGAAAUGCACUGAGCCUCUGUUAUAUUGCGGCUUUUUAUUUGCUACCAAGCCCGUAGGACUGAGACUUGAAUGCGAAGUCCGUCGGUAAGCAUGAUGGCUGAGCAGGAUGACGUUGUCAGUUCAUGUGAUGAAAUCGUUAAAGGGCCAUUCGCUGCUGCGACUCCGAGCAGUAAUCGCCUGAAACUUCGAUCGGUUUCAACUUUGAUAGGUAUCAAGGUUGCCAGAGAUUUAGUUUAUUGUAGCGUAUUGCUUCAUGUAGCUGCCAUGUCGGCCUGACUUCUAUAUGGUCGAUAUUCCUUGUUUUCCUUCCCCGUUGAGUAUCACGGCUACUGAAAACAAGGCUGUUUCCUUGGCGUCCACCUUUUGCAACUGUUGGGGGCUCACAAAAAGUAAAGUCAGUGAACUGAACUUAGGCAACACGGCAAAUGCAAGUUGCCAUGCUUGGAGCUUGUAUCAGUGGCUGGGUGACACCACACGUACCUUGACUGAAACAGUAGAGAUGAAGGUGAUGUGGAGUUCAGCUUCUUCCUGAUACUCACGUGGACUGGCGACUAAUGUACGAAUAGAGCCAAUUAGCUUCCGUAACUCUCAGCCUUGUUCUAUGGGACGGUUUCACUCAUACAUACUCGCCCAGAACAGAUAUUGGUACGACGUAUGUCACACCAUAUUGAGAACAAGAAAAAGUUCCAAAGACCAUAGGAACUCAAAAUAAAUAUUACGACAACGUUUCUACCACCGGCAAUAUGCCAGCGUGGAUGAGACCUUGGAGCCUUAUUGUGUACAACCGGAAUGUACAUUACUACGUCUUAUGCAUGACCAACCACCUUAUCGCAUUUGCCGCUGUGGCUUUGCGGCCUGAUCACACUAACUGCAAGUCAGAUAUGCAUCGGAGCCCAAUGAGUAAAGUGAAAUAGCUAUCGGGUCAACCCAUAACUAGAAUAUCCAGACCUCUUUCAACUCUGCUAUCAAAACAAAGUUGCGCUCUAUGGAUCCUGAAAAGCUUCGGAGUUGCAAGGUUAUUCUUGUCAUCGGGCCAGCGGGAGCCGGUAAAACCAGCCUGCUGAAACUUCUAACUGGCGAAGACCUUCAAGUUGGACACCGUCUGGAUCAUGGAACCGCUCUACCUACUGUAAUUCACGGCACUAUUAACGACCAAAGCUUUGUGUUUAUUGACAGCCCUGGUUUCGGACACUCAUCAUCUCAACCGGGCGAGAUUGAGAAACAGAUUCAUGCAAUGCUUGGGCACUUCACUAGGGAGCUGGGUGGUAUCCAUGGAAUACUUUACGUUCAAGACAUCCCGCUCGAGCGCGAAUUAACCGGCAUGCAGGAAGCUACUAACUUUCUUCGUGAGCUGGCUGGUCGGAACUUCAGAUUCCACAUCACAUUCAUAACGACGAAAUGGGAUGCAGUUGCCCCUAAGGUAAUCCGCAAAUGCGAGACUAAGGAAGAGGACUUGAUUCGAUCUAGAUGGGCCAGCUUCAGAGUAGGAGACGAGGGCGGCUCAAGGCUUGUUCGCCAUGGGAUCGACUGCAGUGAGGACGACUUCGAAACUCAGCAAGCGGGUCGUCAGGCACUCCUGAAUAACGUCAUGGCAUAUUAUGUCGAUACGAGUAUACAACACCUUACUAUGCCAUUUUCGCAGUUGACAUAUGGAGAACAAGGUUUCAAGAUUGCAACAGUGACAGGUCAGAUUAUCAAAGUAACUGGAAAGGUGGCCCUAGCGGUCGGAGUACUUUAUGGCAUCGGGGCAGCAAUUGCUUCAGGAGUCAUCGUUGUUAGCUUUUCGAUUAGAUUGUAUUGAGUUGAUAAGAUGAUUUCAACAUGUUGCUUCUGAUUUCAAUAAUGCCUUAUUUUAUGGCACAUUCAAGCUGAUUGGAAAGGCUGAUAUCACAAUGCAAAGAAUAAAUCCAACUACUACAU